GAGGAACCCUAGAUUGAUUGGAGUUGGAUGGAUGAUUGCUCGUUUUGUUAGUUCCUUUGCUGCCCCUGAAAUCAAAACAUUCCUUGCUGGGGUUGGUGCCAAGGGCAGAGCCAGCUCGCAAUGGGAGCCUGAGCACGACUAUUACGGUUGUUUUUAAAGACUUGAAUAGAAUCAAAAGAUAGUGUCUAGGUAGUCUUCGUUUGUUUUCAAGCAAAUCGCUGCUCGGAAACACUUGCUCCUCUCGCUACAAUUUGGAAGUUGUCAGUCCCCUUCUAGUCCUCGCGUGCCGCUUCUGCUAGUCCUUGUGCGUCGCCGCUCACAGGCUGGUAUGGUUAUGAAAUGGCUGCAACGACAGCAAACAGCGAGGAGCUACAGGCUCAGCUCUCUUCAGAUUAACUAGAAGCGCCGCGCUCUUUGAAAGGCCUCGUGCUCUCGUUCACAGUGGCCAACGGCGGAGCCCGGGCACGUGCCCAGGCUAGCCGGGCCGUGGCUCCGCCACUGUAACUUUGGAGUACCAGUGAUGCAAAGGGACACUAGCUCUAGCGAUGUUUCUGCUUCUCAUGUAGGGCGUGUAAGACGUCGCAAACAUCCAUCUGAGGCUACCACAGAUGGGAAUAGAGCUAAUGGACAACCGUUGCUUGUCAAUGAUCAGAACAAGUAUAAAUCAAUGCUUAUCCGUACAUAUUCUACAGUAUGGAUGAUUGGAGGCUUUGCCUUUAUUAUUUAUGUGGGUCAUCUAUAUAUCUGGGCUAUGGUGGUUGUGAUUCAAAUAUACAUGGCAAGAGAACUUUUCAACCUACUCAGAAAAUCCAGUGAAGAGAAACAACUUCCUGGGUUCAGGCUACUGAAUUGGCACUUCUUUUUCACGGCAAUGCUGUACACUUAUGGGCGCUUUCUUAGUCGGCAGCUUGUGAAUACAGUAACUUCAGAUCACUUGCUUUAUAAGGUCGUUAGUGGCCUAAUAAAGUAUCAGAUGUUUAUCUGUUAUUUUCUUUAUAUUGCAGGUUUUGUAUGGUUUAUUUUGACUCUCAAGAAAAAGACAUAUAAGUACCAGUUCAAACAGUAUGCCUGGACGCACAUGAUACUUCUAACGGUUUUUGCACAGUCUGCUUUCACUGUGGCAAACAUAUUUGAAGGGAUAUUCUGGUUUCUUUUGCCUGCUUCACUUAUUGUGAUCAACGAUAUAUUUGCUUAUUUAUUUGGGUUCUUUCUUGGGAGAACACCAUUAAUCAAGUUGUCCCCAAAGAAAACAUGGGAAGGUUUUAUUGGUGCAUCCGUGACAACUAUCAUCUCUGCAUUUCUGUUAGCAAAUGUAAUGGGCCGUUUCCAAUGGUUGACAUGCCCAAGAAAGGAUCUGUCAACUGGGUGGCUUUAUUGUGAUCCUGGUCCAAUGUUUAAGCCAGAGCAUUACUCAUUGGGAGAGUCGGUGCCACAUUGGUUCCCAUGGAAAGAUCUAGCCAUUAUGCCUGUGCAGUGGCAUGCUUUAGCCCUAGGUUUAUUUGCGUCAAUAAUAGCACCAUUCGGAGGAUUUUUUGCGAGUGGCUUCAAGAGGGCUUUCAAAAUAAAGGAUUUUGGUGACAGCAUACCUGGGCAUGGUGGAAUUACUGAUAGAAUGGAUUGCCAAAUGGUUAUGGCAGUGUUUGCAUACAUAUACCACCAGUCAUUCAUUGCACCUCAGAACUUCUCUGUUGAGAUAAUCUUGGAUCAGAUUCUAAGAAACCUGACCUAUGAGGAGCAAAAAUACCUAUAUGAACAACUUGGGGAAAUGUUCCAUGAGAGGCAAUUAGGGCAAAACUGAGAGUUAGCGUGCUUAUGAAAUGCAUGAUAAUUUCUUGUGUAUUUAAGCAUUCUGCUCAUUAUGUAGCUAUAGUCCUUGUCCAAACCUUUGUAUAGAAUGGUAGAAUGGAGAGAAUGAUUGGGUUUUAGGUGCUUUAUUCACUCUUCACUGACGCUGCUUAAUUCACUCCCCUUGUCAUGAUUUCUGCACUCUUUGUAAAAGGGGACCUGGGAAGUUUUAUUGUUUCUUAUCACUUCGUGGUGCUGUCCUCAGAUCAUAUAUUCGAGGAUUCACAGAAUAUAAGAUGAAGCAGCAGUGCUAGUUCUUAUUUGGUUAUA